AUGCCGGAGUUGAAACUAGCUAGUAUAGUAUCAGCUUCUGAAGCUUUCGAGAAGUUUGUAGCUUCCAGUUUAUUAGACUCCAGAAGGCACAAGCCGUUCAAGGGCAAGCCAGGUGUGGAGAGCAAUGUUGUUAUUAUCAAAUUAGCUAAAGAAGAUACGAUUACUUACAUCGAUAUAGGCAAUGAAUUCACAGCUCUGAUAGAGAUUCAGGUUGCCAAGUCAUGUUACGACAACCCAAUAUACUCGACAUUACUUGAUACAAAGUUUCUGAUGACCCCGGAAGAGAGCAAGAAAGAAAAAAAUGGAAACAAAUGGCAUCGCUUCUCUAAAGACGAUUUCAACUCUUCAGUUCUGGAUAGUAAGUGGGAUCUCGUGAAGCAGUCUUUCAACUCUAAAAUUCCAUAUGGAUUGACAUUCAUCUCAUUGACGGGAGGUGAAGAAGAAAUAGAUUCAAAUGCUCUUUUAACACCUUUGGGAUGUGCUCUAACACCAACGGUUAAAACCAAUAGUACUGGCAACGAAUUGAAAAGAAGUGUCUUCGAUGAUUUUGAAAUCUGCUUGGAGAAAGAAAAAGAAGAGAAGAUGUCCCCUGUUUCAGCUCCUAAAGGACGAAUUAUUAUACCCCGUAGCGCUGAUGGAUUGAUAUUAGACCACAAAGGAAAGCAGCGUACUCCUGCAGGUUUAACUUUGGAGAAAAGAACUGAGUCUUUCGAGAAAUGGAAAAACUUCAAAGAAGGGAGGAAUAAAAAUCUCGCAGAAAAAACUCCAAAAGCAAACCAAAGUGUACAGCGAGUAAUCAAAGUAGAAAACAGCAAAGAUGCUUCUCAGACCGAUCUGUUUGAUCUACCAAUCGAGUCGCAUGCCCAAAACGAUACCUCACUUCCGAUUGUAAAUGAACAAGAAAACUAUAGUCCCAAAACCCCAUCUAGAAAACGGUUGAGCCAUGAUUCAAACAGCUUUUCGAACAAACGAGUAAAAGUAGUCGCAGAGGAAGAAACAGCUGUUUCAAUACCAUGCACUAAUGCUAAAGAAAAUGAAGAAAAGCUGCAGAAGGGUAAGCCUGACUCUUCUUCGAAAACUCCGAUCUCUACAAACCCGAAAACACCCCUUGUAUAUCCCCCAAACUUGAUUAAUCCCUUGAAAGAUGUCGUGUUAACACUGAGCGGCUUCCAGAAUCCACUUCGAACACAACUGCGCGAGAAAGCGUUAUCUCUUGGAGCAGUAUAUUCUAAUGACAUGUCACCGAAAGUGACUCAUGUACUAUCCGCCUUUCGCAAUACCCCCAAAGCAAAGCAAGCAGGCUCGUCUGUAUUCAUUGUUUCUUCAUUCUGGCUAGAUCGAUGCGUUAUGGAAAGAAGACGAUUAGACGAAAACUUAUUUUCAUUAAAGAAUUGA